CGUAGUACAAUACUAAUCAGUGGAAGUGUUUGUGUGUGUGUGUGCUGAAUGGUUCAAUACUUAGUGGUAGCUUUCACUGUGUAUCUUGAGCACAACACAUCUCUCGCAGACACAGCUGUUUAGGUCUAAUACUGGAAAUAACUAAUUAGACAUUGUUUAUAAAGUAUUGAAUGUAGGAAAACUAAAACAACUUUAUUAUGACUUUGUAGUCAUGAAUAAGUGGCCUGUGUCGGCGAUGGAGUGAGCUCGCGUCAAAACAAACCGUGAGUUCAGACCAGGGUUACCUCUCUUUGUCAACUCAAAGUGUCGGAGAUUUGGGACCGUGAGUAAUGCACGUGCUAGGACCCGCACGUGCGGCACCAAACAAAGAGGCGCCUAUAACACGGAACACAUCAAUAAGGUGCAGGUGAUUGUUUCUCACAAAGAUGGAAAAACACAGGCAUAGUAUCAGCUGUCAGUGUUUACAAGACAAUGUGUUUUUGGAAAGUUUGAUCAUUGUGUUAACGCUAGUCUCUGGACUGGCCAUCACUGGGAAAAAUCUGCUGCUUUUCAACCUAAUAACAGUUCCACAGACAGAAGAAAUUACAGAUAUUACAAAUGUGACCUCAUUAACUACAAAGAUUCCAUCUGGUCGACACUUUCAUGAAAAUGUGGAUGUACUGCAUUUGUUGGAUCAAAUUUUCAGAUACACAAGUUUUGCUGUUGCAGCACUUUUUGCAGCUGAGAUUUUUAUAAAAAUUAUCACUCUAAGGAAAACAUUUUUGACAAAACCUUGGCAGGUGUUUGAUGGCCUAGUGGUUGCUGGAGCUUUGGGUGUUGAGAUAGCUUUCUAUUGUGUAGGUUUCACUGAGCCUGGACUUCAGUCUGUGAAAUACGUUGUCAUGCUACGCUUAUGGAGAAUUCCGUUUGUGUGUUCUAUUCGCUCACAAGCUUUACAACAAAAUCUUGAAGAAGAUUUGGAACGUUAUAAACUGGAUUCUAAAGAAAAGAUAAGUCAAAUGCAAGAUACCAUUGCUCAGCAAAAUGAGCGUAUUCAAUUUCUUCAGACUAUGGUAGAAAAACAAACAAAGAAAUCAGCCUCCAGCACAAAUAUUAAAAUGAGACAUAAAAGCUCAGAAGACACUGAUGAUGCUAACAAACAGUUACAAUAUUCUCCUGCUAUUAAAAAUUCAGCCAUUUCCAAAAAAAAACAUAAGCAACAAUCAUCAGAAUCAUCAGUUUCUGAAGAUUUUCAAAGGGAGACUACAGGCACUAUAAAAAACAGUCAAGACACAAUUUAUAACAGGGACAAUGCAGAAAGCAAUAUUGAAAAUGAUCCAUUUCAGUCUGAUGAAGCUGUAGUCAUGAGGAUACCACGUUCAGAGGCAUCUUAUGACUUAAAGGAAGCAGCAGAGCGGCCAAAGCAAAUGCCUUCACGGCCUAGAAAGCGCUGCUCUUCAACUAGUGAGUACAUGGAGUAUGGCAGCAUGAGCUCCCCUGAGCAUGAAUUUGCUGUCCUAAGUGACAAAACCAAAAGUGACUCAAGGACUUCAAUAAGCAAUGAUGACCUAAGAAGCAGAGGCAGUAAUGAAAAUAUUGGCUUAGACAAUCAUUCCUACCUUGCAUCAGACACUCUGAGUGAUGUCAAUACUGACUCAUUACAGGGUAGAAAAACAAGACAGAAUCGUCUGAGUUCCUGCCCAGAGUAUGUCUUCACCCAGCGUAUGACCAUCACAAAUGAAGAAAGUAAACUAAUUUCAGACGGAUCAGUGAUAGAUGAUCCCUCAAUGUAUGACAACAUGGCAUUUUCAAGUGAAGAGCAGAUUGGUCUUCAUAUACUUGCAGAAUUUGAUGGCGUCAAAACUUACUGCAAUGAGAAUGGAAUUCCAAUGACAUCACUGUAAAAGUCUUGUGUGAACUCCCAAGUGACAACCUGUUGAAAUAGUCACAUCAGGAUAUUAUUUACUGAUGGAGGGUACAAGUGGAUGAACCGCUAUACAUAGGACCAUGUUAUGUUGUGAAUUAGUUAAUUUAAUAUUCAAAGUAUUUAGAGGGCAUUCACUUGUAUGUUAUAUUUAAUUCAAUCUUAGAUCGUAUCAAAUGUGUUAUUAGUGGGAUUUUUAUUUAUCAUAUUACAGAUACACCUGCAUUUUUUUUAGGAAAUCUUGUAAGAGUGCUGUAGAUUUUACAAAGCAAUAACUAUUUAAAAAUUCUUUUGUGUGCUAAUCACUUUUAUGUUAUCAUUUAAAAUAUUAAACAUAAUCUAAAUAAUUUAUCUAUAAUUAAAAAACAAACAAACUAUUCUUGGCAGCACUUUUUAAAAAAAAAGUUCCUCUUUCAGACCUUGAGAUCUAUAGGUGUCAAGGUCGUCUGUUUCUUUGGCCAAUGGUUAACGAGCAAGGUGUCAUGUGGCCAACACAACGAUCAACUGCCUUUACAUUACCCAACUAAAGUCAGGUACCCAUUUGAGUUGGGUGGGGCGCCCUAAAAAUGCAGAAAUUCAAAUUCUAGUCUUCACAGGGAUUCGAACCCAGCACCACAGGUUCAGAAAACCAGUACUUAACCAUCUCGCUACAUUCACAAGUAUUUUACUUCGUUGCAUUUUUUUUUCGGAUUGUUCAACUAGAUCUAUUUUCUAUUUUGUAUGAUACUAAAGAUAGCUCUGCAUGCAGUCUUCUUAAUAUAAACAGAAAUAAAAUUGUGUGUCCAACAAAACAUACAAAAUUGAGAUAUUAUUAUUAUUGGGAGAAAGGGGGUGCAUAGGUUUUAGUUCCAAGCUUUAGAUGUUUUGGAUCUAGAUCUUCAAAUUUUAGAAAUACAUUUCAUUAUUUUGAUUCUGUACUGAAUAUUGUCUAAUAGCAUUAAAUUAUUCAUGAUGCAAUUGUCAUGCACCUGGCACAUUGUAACUUACAACUGACAUGAGAUUUAUAUCAUGUACCUGGCACAUAAUAACUUAGAACUGACUUAAGACUUCUAUCAAGCUCCUGGCACAUAAUAACUUAGAGACUGACAUGAGACUUGUAUCAUUUUCACACCUGGUACAAAGUAACUUAGUCAUAACAUGUUAUUAUUCUGCCAAGAAUGAUGUGAGACAUUUAUCAAGUUCAAGCCUGGCACAUAUAGUCCUAGACAUCACUUCAAUAGGAAUGAAGUGUUCAUAAUUUAUUUAUUACGUUGGAACAUGCAUAAAUAUGUAAAAUUUUCAGGACUUGCUGUCUUUUUUCAUAGUUAUGCUAACAAUGUGUUCUAUACCAAAUUU